AGUUUCGAUAUGUCAAGAGUGUACGUUGGCCGUAUACCUCCGCGGUGUACCGAGAGAGAUAUUGAGCGCUUCUUUAAGGGUUAUGGACGAUUAAGGGACAUCGUUCUUAAGAAUGGAUAUGGCUUCGUGGAGUUUGAUAAUGAAAAAGAUGCGGACGAUGCCGUAUAUGACCUCCAUGGAAGAGACUUGCGAGGUGAACGGUUGAUCGUUGAGCAUGCUCGCCUUCCUCCUGGCACUCGAGGCGGCAGCAGAAGAGCCGGUGGAGGUGGUGGCGGAGGUGGUGGUGGCAGUGGUCGCGAUCGCAGGUACGGUCCGCCAACUAGGACGGAGUAUCGUGUUAUUGUUGAAAAUCUCUCGUCGCGUGUGAGCUGGCAGGUAAGGGAUUGUUGUUUGAUUGUUUGUAAGAACUGCAAGAAGUAACUAACUGCUUGUUAUCUCGAAUUCAGUUACCGCUCGUUGACGUUCGGUCGUUUCGGGUGGCGUAGGACGCGUAGGAUUGGUCGUUUUCCAUGCCAUGGUCAGUCGCCCAGGGUUGUUUCUGGUCGCGCCGUUCAACGGUCGUCCGGCCGAGCAUGUGGUAACGUGGUCUCGUACUGUGGUCAGAUCAAAACGCGAGGUAAAUUACUCGCGCGUUUUUAAGUACUAGGCUAGCUUAACCCAAAUUAGUAAUAUAUAUUAGCUGAUUAUCCAGGGCACGGUUUUUCAGUUGUUUAUUCUUUUGUACAGGACCUCAAAGAUUUGAUGCGUAAGGCUGGAGAAGUUACUUAUGCGGACGCACACAAGUCAGCUAAGAACGACGGGUAAGUUGUGCAGUUUUCCGUAACUUCCAUUCUAGCAUUGUUGAGUUUGCUGCCUACGCUGAUAUGAAAGAAGCAAUCGAGAAGUUUGAUGGCUACGAGCUUUAUGGACGCAGGCUACGUGUUUACGAAGACCGACCAGGCCAGAGGUCACGAUCUGGCUCUUACAGGUCGCGAUCUGAUAGUCGUCAUUCUCAUCGUUCACGAAGUCGAGACUCUCAUCGCAGGCAAAAGUCUAGAAGUCCUCGGCAUCGACAUGAUAGGUCACUUUCAAGUGAUAGACAAAGAUCUGAAUCCGGCAACGAUUCGCACAGGCGCUCCAGAGAAAAUUCUAAUGACCUACGGUCAAGAAGUCCAUCACGCCGUUCCGGAACAAACCGUUCCAAUGCAAGAUCCAAUUCUCAUCACAGCAACAAGCGCUCUUUGGAUGCUGGUUCCCGUUCCCCGAGCUGCAAUGGUAGGGAGAACAGCAUAAAAAAUGAUCUGGAUCGGCGUUCGAGGUCACGUUCUGUCUCACAUUCUAGGUCUGGAAGUAGAUCACGUUCAGUGGUAUCAAGGUCUCCUGGUCGGUCGCAUACACACUCUCGGUCCGCAUCACGAUCGCGUUCAGUGUCGCAUCGUAGUGAGUCUGGGACACCUAGACGUUCUGACGAAGAAAUGGACGGAAGGAGCAACGGUGACCAUGAGAUUCGAGAAGGUGAUUAUGAUGAGUAAUCGCAUUUAAUGUAGACUUCAAGUCAUUGUUAUUUUACACGCAUACUAACUAUUCUGCAUAAAGCAGCUUUUUCAUAUUC